AAGAAAAAUCAAAUCUCAUCUCUUAUUCUUUCCACCUUUACGUGCUGUCGUCGACGUCGUCGUCGUCUUCUUCUUCUUCUUCUUCCUCUCUAUUUCCCUCACAGCACCAUCCAAACAAAGCUUCAAAUCAAACCCAUUAUUCAACGCUCCAAAAGAGAAACCCUAAUCCCACGUAGCUACAAGCAUAACCCAAUCAGAUCCCAAUCAAGCAAUGAAAUUAUUACCGUAAUCACCCAAAAAUUUUAAAAGCUAGAGCGCGAUGCCGAGCGUGGCCGUGAAACUCUACAGCGUCUUCUUCAAGUUUCUCCUAAAGCACCGUUUGCAGAACCGGAUCCAGGCCCCGCCCGAAGAAUCCGACCCGUUCGGAAUCACGACCCGACCCGACGAAUCCGUCGCCGCCGCGAACCCUUCCUUCUCCGACGGCGUCGCCACCAAAGACAUCCACAUCGACUCCUUAACCUCUCUCUCCGUCCGAAUCUUCCUCCCCGAUUCCGCGCUCGCCUCGCCCGAACCAAACUCCAAGCCUAACCCCAACCCUAACCGCCGGCCCGAGCCUGGAUCCGCCACGCAGGCCGAAGCGGCGUCGUGGCGGCGCUACAGCUACGGGCCCUCGGCUUUGCAGCAGCGCGAGGAGGAGCCGCGGCGGAACAGCCUCAGCGGCGACUCGGAGGGCUCGAAUUCGCCGGCGGGCGGGUACCGGGGGUACUCGCCGAUGGCGGGGGACGGUCGCCGGAAAAAGUUGCCGGUGGUUUUGCAGUUCCACGGCGGGGGGUGGGUGAGCGGGGGGAACGAUUCGGUGGCGAACGAUUGCUUCUGCCGGCGGAUCGCGAAGCUCUGCGACGCGGUGGUGGUGGCGGUCGGGUACCGGCUGGCGCCGGAGAAUCGGUACCCGGCGGCGUUUGAGGAUGGGAUGAAGGUGCUGAAUUGGCUGGCGAAGCAGGCGAAUUUGGCGGAGUGUAGUAAGUCUUUGGGGGGGAAGAAGUUGGAGGGUCAGCACAAGCAUAUUGUUGAUUCAUUUGGGGCCUCGAUGGUUGAGCCUUGGUUGGCUGCUCAUGGGAAUCCAUCAAGAUGUGUUCUUCUUGGUGUGAGUUGUGGUGCAAAUAUUGCAAACUACGUGGCUCGGAAAGCUGUAGAAGCAGGUAAUCUUCUGGACCCUGUCAAGGUGGUGGCACAGGUCCUGAUGUAUCCAUUUUUUAUUGGAAGUGUACCCACUCGAUCCGAAAUAAAGUUGGCAAACUCUUACUUUUAUGACAAGGCAAUGUGUUUGCUAGCAUGGAAACUAUUCCUACCAGAGGAAGAGUUUAGCCUAGACCAUCCAGCCGCCAAUCCCCUAGUCCCAGGCCAUGGUCCUCCUUUAAAGCAGAUGCCUCCAACAUUGACAGUGGUGGCAGAACAUGACUGGAUGAGGGACCGUGCCAUUGCUUAUUCGGAGGAGCUUAGGAAGGUGAAUGUUGAUGCACCUGUUUAUGAGUAUAAAGAUGCAGUCCAUGAAUUUGCCACACUUGACAUACUUCUCAAAAGCCCUCAGGCCCAGGUUUGUGCUGAGGACAUCGCCAUCUGGGUCAAGAAAUACAUUUCGCUUCGAGGUCAUGAAUUCUCAUAUUGAGGUAGGAUAUACCACGGGUUAAGACGAUAGUCAGUGAGAAAAUCUUUUCCCCAUCUUUGAAAUAAUCUUAAGGUCGAUCUUCUGCUACCAGUAUAUAUGCCUGGGGAAUAUGUGAUUAUAGUACAUGAUUUGUAUUGAUGGUUGACAAGGUUCUGCUGUCCUCUAUGUUGACCGGUUCCAUGUUCCCUCCACCUGUCAGUUUUUGUUGUAAGAUAGAGUUGUUCGAGAGCGGAUUAGUUGAGCCAGUGAGAGAUGCAUUCAUCUCUUGCACACCCUUGUUCCAUUUUUUUUUGUUGUAUUAUGAUGUACUAUUUCUCACGAUAUAAAUUUUAGUGCUCUAUUCUUUGAGCAUUAGGUUAAUCAUGCA